CUGCUCGCCGGCCAGCGAAGCGCUGGAGUCCAGGCGGUCUGCCUUCGAGCCUACCGUCAGCAGCCAGGAGAAGCUGGACUUCAACAGAAACCUGAAAGAGGUUAUGCCGACCAUUGAGAAAUUGCUGUCUAGUGACUGGAAAGAGCGGCUGCUGGGCCGAAACACCAUGGAGUCCAAAGAAGUGAAAGGAACCCAGGAGAGCCUGGCGGAGAAAGAGCUCCAGCUACUCGUUAUGAUCAACCAGCUGUCCACGCUCCGGGACCAGCUCCUGACGGCCCACUCGGAGCAGAAGAACAUGGCAGCAAUGCUCUUCGAGAAGCAGCAGCAGCAGAUGGAGCUGGCGCGGCAGCAGCAAGAGCAGAUCGCAAAGCAGCAACAGCAGCUUAUCCAGCAGCAGCACAAAAUCAACCUGCUGCAGCAGCAGAUCCAGCAGGUCAACAUGCCCUACGUUAUGAUCCCUGCCUUCACCCCCAGUCACCAGCCCCUUCCCGUGACUCCGGACUCCCAGCUAGCUCUGCCCAUCCAGCCCAUCCCUUGCAAACCAGUGGAUUACCCCGUGCAGCUGCUGCACAGCCCCCCACCUCCUACGUUGAAGAGGCCCAGCGGCUCAGGCCACCUCCAGAUGCAGGAAACCUCGCAGCCACUGAACCUGACAGCCAAACCCAAAGGCUCCGAUCUCCCCAGUGCCUCCAGUUCACCCAGCUUGAAGUUGAACAGCUGCCAAUCCCUCACUCCUAGUCACGGGGCCACAAGGGACCUACAGACGAGCCCGUCCAACCUGCCUUUGGGGUUCCUGGGUGAAGGCGACGCUAUCACCAAAGCAAUCCAGGACGCGCGGCAGCUGCUGCACGGCCACAGCGGGGCCAUGGAGGGGUCGCUGAGUAACCCCUACCGAAAGGACCACAUUGGGAUUGAUUCUUCCCCAGGGAAGGAGCGGAUGGAGGAGACCCCUGCCCAUAGGCUGGACGAGGCCUUGUUAACCUGUGAGAUGGAUGGCUCACGGCACUUCCCUGAGUCCAGAAACAACAAUCACAUAAAGCGACCCAUGAAUGCUUUCAUGGUAUGGGCAAAGGAUGAGAGGCGGAAGAUUUUGCAGGCCUUCCCAGACAUGCACAACUCCAGCAUCAGCAAGAUCCUAGGCUCCCGGUGGAAGUCCAUGACGAACCAGGAGAAGCAGCCCUACUACGAGGAGCAGGCCCGGCUGAGCCGGCAACACCUGGAGAAAUACCCCGACUAUAAGUACAAGCCCCGGCCCAAACGCACCUGCAUCGUGGAGGGGAAGCGGCUCCGCGUGGGCGAGUACAAGGCGCUGAUGAGGAACCGGCGGCAGGACGCCAGGCAGGGCUACUUGAUAGGGUAACGCGCCCCUUCCU